ACUUUGCUAAUCUUGCCCAGGCCCGAGCAGAACCCAGGCUCGCGGUGCCGCCUGGAUCCAGCCCGGAGUUUCGGAGGCGCUCUGCCGGCGCUGCGCUCCAGGACCCGGGCUAAGCCUGGCGGUCAGCCACGGUGUCUUUUUAAGAUUGAAGAGGCAGCCCUUGACGCGGCUGUUCGGUGAUUCUAGUCUGCAGCUGCUGAAGAAGGCGCCUGGUGCUUGGGGAUCGGAGACAUGAAUUACGCACGGUUCAUCACCGCGAGGAGCGCAGCCAGACGGCCUUCUCCCAUCCGCGUCUUUACUGAGCUACAGAACAGGGCACCGAAAUCUGUCAUCUCCUUGGCUACUGGAUCACCAAAUCCAAACACGUUCCCUUUUAAGACUGCUGCUAUCACCAUAGACAAUGGGAAGACCAUCCAGUUUGAUGAACAGAUCAUGAAGAGAGCCCUUCAGUAUUCUGAAAGUGCUGGGUAACUAUAGAUAAUACAAUUCUGCUGGCUCAUUUUCAUGAGCAAUAUUCUAAAGGCCACUGAUAAAGUGACUUGUGUCUUUUUUCUUAACUGGAGUAUUCAACAGUUAGGAAGGUUUGGGGAA